AUGUUGUCGAUGUCGCUAUCGCGGCCGCUCAACCUCGCCGCCCUCGUCGCCAUCGGCAUCAGCGCCUGGCUGUCCAUCUCCCUCCUCACCGCCCUCACCCACACCGAUCACGAGCUGCACCGCCAGUAUCCCUCGUACCCCGUCCCGACACCAGGCUCGACCUACAACCGCCUCCAGGGCCUCCUGGGCAAAACGGAACCCGACGCCUGCGCCGGCUGGGACCCGCAUGCGAGCGAGGAGCACGACCCGCCGGGAUGUCUGCGCGCGCGGCAGCUGCGGCAGAUCCAGAAACUGCGCGUCUCUGGCUUGAAGCUGCAGCACGAGCAGGAGGAAGCCCUCGAGAAGCUCGAGCGCUGCGUCCUCGGAAUCGUCAACUGUCCCGAACGGCCGCUCAUCAUCUCCGACUUUUGGUACUUUUUCAUUCGCAAGCAGAGCAACUCUGGCGAAGCCAUCUGGCUCGAUCCCGUUGUUAACGCCAUCGAGGACGAGGGCUUCGUUGCCAUGGGCUUCACGCACUUUGCGGGCAACUGGGUCGACACCCCGUUGUCCUGGAAUGCGACCCGCUUGCUUUCCGAAUCUAUCCACAUGUACAUGCCCACGACGCGAGUGGGGUUCCAGUGCCUCAGCGAUCCGCGCUGUGUGCGUCCCGAGGACUACCACCCGCACGAGAACCCCGAGUUCCGGCACGACACGAGCCUGCUGACGCCGGGCGAGGAGGGCAAGCUGCCCGCGUGGCGAGUCGUCAUCACGUCGUACUGGGGCGACCGGCCGUCGCGGUACAGCGGACAGGGGCAGCACGCGUACGGACAGUACGGGCAGAGCGAGGACGGGGAGAGCCCGUGGAGCUCGCACAUUCUCGACAACCGGUGGCACGUUGUGCCGUGGGCGUACCCGAACCACACGCACCUGCCACUGUCCAUCGAGCGGACGUGCCUCGGCUCGCCGACCGUGCCGUGGGAGCAGCGCAACGCCAGCGUGCUCCUGCUGGCCAAGCUGAGCCACUACUUCUACAAGCCGACCGCGCCGCCGAUCGAGGCGUGGGCCCGCAUCGUCGACGCCAUGAAGGCCGAGGGGAUCGAGAUCUGGACCGGCGCAGAGGAGGAGGACGGCAGCCCCCUCCCGGCUGGCCUGAAGCGGCUCCCCACCAUGGACAAGGUGGAGUACGGCAAGACGCUGAGCAGUGCGCGCGCGCUGCUGGGGAUGGGCAACCCACAGCUGUCGCCGUCGCCCUACAACUCGUUCUGCCGCGGCGUCCCCGUCGUGCUGCCGUACUACACGGACGACGGGCCGACGCCCGACGGCUGGGCGCUCUUCAAGGACAAGUGGGCACAGCACGGCCCCGCCAUGCAGGCGGGCGAGCCGUACGUGUACGCGUACCGGACGGUGGACGACAUGAUUGAGCAGCUGAAGAAGGCCGUCAAGACGCCUAUUGACAGCUACGUCCCGCCCGAGAUGACGCUGAAGAGCCUCGGCGAGCGCACGCGGGAAUGGCUCUACACGGACUGGGAGGGCGAGUACCAUGCCAUCCUCCGCCAGAGGAAGAAACUCGUCUAUCCGCCCAUCAUGUGGGAGAAGUGCCGCGAGAGCGAGACGUGCAAGUUUCCCAUCCUCGGGAAACCGUAUGUGCCCGAGAAGCCGUGA